GCCAAGACUCACAGAACCCGGAGAACAGACGGGAGAGCGUCCGCCUGAGUGACCGCCACAUCCCGCAGUGCUCCUCCCCGUCGCAGGGCGCUACAGCCACCAUUAAAACCAUAGGCAACCUGAGAAAGCGCCGGGCAGCCGCCGGCAACAGCAGCAAGGUGGCCAUGGCCGCGAUCCGCAAGAAGCUGGUGGUGGUCGGGGACGGGGCUUGUGGCAAGACCUGCCUGCUGAUCGUCUUCAGCAAGGACGAGUUCCCCGAGGUCUACGUGCCCACCGUGUUCGAGAACUACGUGGCCGAUAUCGAGGUGGACGGCAAGCAGGUGGAGCUGGCGCUGUGGGACACGGCCGGCCAGGAAGACUACGACCGCCUCCGGCCGCUCUCCUACCCUGACACGGACGUCAUCCUCAUGUGCUUCUCCGUGGACAGCCCGGACUCCCUGGAGAACAUCCCCGAGAAGUGGGUGCCCGAGGUCAAGCACUUCUGCCCCAAUGUGCCCAUCAUCCUGGUGGCCAACAAGAAGGACCUACGGAACGACGAGCACAUCCGCAACGAGCUGGCACGGAUGAAGCAGGAGCCGGUGCGGACCGAAGACGGACGGGCUAUGGCCGUCCGUAUAUCCGCCUACGAGUACCUGGAGUGCUCCGCCAAAACCAAGGACGGGGUGAGGGAGGUCUUCGAGACGGCCACCAGGGCGGCGCUCCAGAAGAGGCACGGCCCGAGCGGGGAGUGUAUGAGCUGCUGCAAGCUCCUCUGAUCCUGGAGACUGUAUGUACUGGUACCCACCUGACAGAGGGUGGCCUGGCCCUGAUGCCAGGAUGGUGACCCCCAGACUAAGACCCCCCCUCGGGGAAGGAAAGCCACCUACAGUAUUUGGGUGGGGACAGGGCAUUGCUUGUGACCUCUGUGCCCUUUACACUACCUUGAAAGGGGGUCGCCCCCUAAACUGAGAUGGGACGCAUUGCCUUGGAGACUCCUGUACAUUGAUCUGUAUGGUCUGAACUGCGCUCUGUGCCUCCUCUGCAGCCGACGUGUUCAACUUUUUUUUUUUUAUGGUUUUAUUUAAGUUUUCCUGUGAAAACAGAAGUUUUGCACAUUUUUUUUAUUUUUUUUUACAUUUUUUUUUGGACACUCAUGCACUUGCUGUCUGCGUACACACUGUAACGCGAUUGCUACGGGCGGGACAAGAACGUCCGCUUUCUCCUGAGAUGCGGAUGUAGUAAAGCUGAGUUUGUCACGCGGCACAUGUCACGUUGCGUAGGUCUGUGGGUGAACGAGAAGCGACGCAGUGGCCUCCCGUGGAAUUCGGCUCUGCUACAUCUGUACUCGGUGUAUUGCUUUGUUAGAAUGAGAGUCGGCAACAUCCAGCUGUUCUGAAACUACAACUCCCAGUAUGCUGCAUUCACUUGUAUGGG